AUGGCACUAUUUGAAACCAAAAUACCACCCGACGCCCAGCAUUAUUUAGUGUGUGGCACUGAAGACUGUGGGAGGAACUGCCAGUUUUACUGCAAUGACUGUCACCAACCAAUGUGUGAACAAUGCCGAGAUGAACAUCAGAAAAAUGAGAAAACGAAGAACCAUGAAGUGGUUCCUUAUAAACAACGCAAACGACAACUUCCUGUAGAGAAAUGCAAGAUCCACCCCACAAAAGAAAUGGUUCUUCUCUGCGAGGAAUGCCAAAUUCCCAUUUGUUACAAAUGCACAGCCACAAAAGAACAUCGCGGUCAUGCGUUUACUGACCUAGAAAUAGACUUUGAUGAAAAAGUUUCCCUAUGUCAUGAAGAAAUUGCAAAGAUUAGAAAUUAUUUUGAGCCAACUUCUCAAGAUUUAAAAAAAGAAAUUGCUGAUGAUGUCACAGAAAUAAUGAAGAUUAUGGACGGCAUAAGAACAGCCAUGAAGGCUGAAGCUGAGGCUGUGAAAAAGCUGGUAAACACAGUCACAUCAAAAAAUAUAAAACAAGUCGACAAAAUUGAAAAGUCAUUAUUAGAAACGUUAAACGGUCAAAACCAAGAAAUAGAUGACUACAUAAACUAUCUUAAUGAUUUAAUUAAGACGUUUUAUGGUUACCUAUCUCCUUCAAACAUAGAUCAAAUAAGACUUAACCUCCAAUCAGAAAGCAUUCGACCCAUACCGAUAACAUCAAAACCAGUCCCACCCGUAUUUACUGCUGGUCAAUACAGCAGGGAAGAUGUCGCCAAACUGCUGGGUAGAAUAACUGAUCCCAAUACUAAACCAGAGAACAGAAAAAUAAAACCCAUGGAGACUGACUCUACACAGUUGAAACCUACAGGGAAACAGAGAAAACAAAACAGAGAGAAAUCUGACGUGAAACAAACACUGUCUCUGUCUUCCUCUGUCACCAAGGUCAGGGAGUACAAAGUACCAGGUGUUGGUCGUGUAUACCAUAUAUCAGUGGGUAAAUCAGGCAGACUCUGGGCCAGUGAUAAUAUUGGUAAUCUUGUCCAAACAGAUCAACAGGGGAAUCAGCUACAGAAGAUAAAAACCAGUGGUGAAGAUGAAAGCUACCACACAUUCACACAGGACGGAGACCUGAUUUAUAAAGACAAACACGAAAAAUUCAUCAAUAGGAUAACACCGGGAAAUACAAUCACACAAUUCAUUAAAACAGGGGACUGGUUACCACUCAGUUUAUACUCCUCCCAUAUCAAUGGAGACCUACUGAUUGGGAUGGUGAAAAAUAGAGAAGCUAAAGUCACCAGGUAUAACAAGACAGGGACAGAAAUACAGAACAUACAAAGAGACAACAAAGGACAGCCACUGUACAAGUAUCCAUACUACAUCACAGAAAACAUAAAUGGUGAUGUCUGUGUAUCAGACUGGAGCAAACCUGCUGUAGUGGUGGUGGAUACAUCAGGACAACACAUGUUCUCUUACACAGGUCAGGGUUCAGAGUUUGCUCCCUAUGGAAUAUGUACUGAUGUACUCGGUCACAUUCUGGUGUGUGAUUCAUUCAGUGCCACAGUCCAUCUCCUGGAUCAGGACGGUCAGUUCUUGUCUCUACUACUCGCAGAACAACAAGGGGUAUAUGGUCCCCGUAUUGUGUGUGUCGAUGAUGAGAACAAUCUCUGGGUGGGACAGAGUAACACCAACACAGUGAAAGUGUACAAGUAUCUACAGUGAUCAUUAUAUGUCCAUAAAUCAAUUAUAUACUGUGUGUAUGUUGUGAGACAAUGUAACAACAACAUUGUGAUAGCUUACAAUUACCAGUAUCUACAGUGUAUAUUGAAAUACAUAUACAUCAUUCAUGUAAACCUGUGUAUGUUUUUUAAUACAUUGUAUCGGUUUUUAUUAAUGACUAUUUUCCAUUGCUGACGAAUUGAUAAUAAAUUUGUAACAAUAUAUUAACAAUACCAAAUUGUUG